UAUGGCUAAAAUACAUAACGCUCAUCGAAUCGCCAAAUCAGUCGAUACGGAACUUCGGUUUCUGUGUAAAUCUGUCUCACGGAAAAGCAAAAACUUACAAUUCUUCUUCUGCUGCUCUAUUUGAAGGGCCUUCAUAAAUUCUGGAAACCCUAAGAGCCAUUUACUUCACUAUCCAAUCUCCAAACCCUAGCUUUCUUUUUAUGAACUAAAUUACUCCUUUUGAUUUCUUUGAAGAUUGCUUGUUUGUGUGGGUAAACAAGAUGGACAUCGAACAAAGACAAGCCGAGCUAAUUUAUCACUUCGUUAAACAAGCUUCGAAUCAGAAGGGCUCGGCUCUCGGCCCCGUCAUCAUCGAAGCCACUUCGCAGCCUUGGCUCUUUGCCUUCUCCGAGAUUCUCGCUGUUCCCAGUGUUGCCGAGCUUGAAGGAACUGAAAACUCUGCAUACCUGGAUUUACUUCGCUUAUUUGCGCAUGGCACAUGGACUGAUUACAAGAGUAAUGCUGGUCAUCUUCCACAAUUGCUUCCUGAUCAAGUCCUCAAGUUGAAGCAGCUUACUGUGCUUACACUGGCUGAGACAAAUAACGUCCUACCCUAUGAUCAACUAUUGCAGGAGCUAGAUGUUUCAAAUGUACGUGAACUUGAAGAUUUUCUUAUCAAUGAGUGCAUGUAUGCUGGCAUAGUUAGAGGAAAGCUGGAUCAGUUGCGAAGAUGUUUUGAGGUACAAUUUGCUGCUGGGAGGGAUCUGAGGCCUGGACAACUUGGGAGUAUGAUACAAACACUAUCUAACUGGUUGACAACCUCGGAUAAUCUGCUUGUAUCAAUUCAAGAGAAGAUAAAAUGGGCAGAUACUAUGAAUGAGUCAGACAAGAAGCACCAGAAGGAUAUUGAGGAUAGGAUGGAAGAAGUGAAGAAGUCGCUUUCGCACAAGAAGUUACACACUGUAAGCAGGCGGACGUUGACUUCCGAGGGCACGAGGAGAUCUACUCUGAACCUGGUGGAGUGAUGGAUUAUGAAGAAGACCGAAGCCGACCCAAGAGAUGCAGGAGGCGACAUCCAAUGUCUUGAUGCAAAAGAUAGAAUGUGGACUCAUUGGAUGCAGUAGGUGAGUUGCCACAUUUUUGCUCGUGGCAACAUUUCUGCUUUUGGGACGAAUACUUCUUUUCUACUGUAUUUGUCAUUAUUGCUUGAGGUUGAUCUCUGAAAAUGGAUAGCUUGUCUUGAACCAAAUUCUUAUUUAUAUUGAAUUAGCGAGAGCAAGACCAGAUAUGACAGUGCGGCGAAAAGUUAGAUUUAGAUACCCAACUUUGUAAUUUAUUUCAUUCCGCCUUGUUGUUGCACUUCAUUGCUACUUUUUUCUGAUGAAAACGGCUGUGGUUAUAAUAUAUCAUAUGCUUCCUGCUUUUUAUUGUUCCAA